UCUGGCCAUUUUACAAGGCUGCACCAGGUGGGGGCGUGGCUAAAUGUCGUGGGUGUGGAUGGAAAGGGUCAGUUUCAAGGUGUACAAUUGUUGACUGAAACAAAGACCUCAGCCACGACAACCAUAAAGUUUUCACACCUUUUAACCACAGGAUUUGAGUCAUUGAAGGAAUUUACCAAAGGGACCGUUGCUACUUUUGAUCAACAUUUGAAUGAAUCUCCCUCACGCGUUGAUUUGAAACUUCUUGGACCCCAGGGAGGGAGGACUAUAGUCCCGUGCAUUUAAAGUGUCUAAAUCGUUUUGUUUGAUAUAACUUUCUACCAACUGGAUUUAACGCUGAAGUAAUUGAAGAACAUGAAUUCCGCAAGAUUUGAAUACGAGGGGCAGAACGGGCGGCAUGAGCAGGUCACCUUCCUGGAUAACAAAGAGAAGAUGGCAUCGAAGAAGAAGACUGGAGUGAUAGUGGGAGUCCUCAUCGCUCUGCUUGUCUUGGCAGCCGUGACAGGAAUCCUCAUCUGGCUCUUUGUUAUCAAAGGCAGGGAGUCGGCGGCCACCAUCAGUAUGAAGCGUGUCCCAGCUCAGCGGGUGUAUAGCGGGCACAUGAAACUGGACAACGUGCCCUACAACCAGAAUCUGGAGGACCCCACCAGCACAGAGUUCCAAAAGCUGGCAGAUGACCUGGAAGAGAUACUUAAGAGCAACUACAAACAAGUUGAGUUCCUCUCCAAGUACUACACCACAUCUGUGGUGACUGCCUUCAGUGAGGGGGUGCUGGCCUACUACUGGACCCAGUUUGACAUCCCGGCAGCGGACCUGGAGAUACUGCCAGAGUUCUCUGAGGAGCGGGUCCUGGAGGUGCUGUGGAACGGCAUCAGGGAGCAGGGCAAACGCUCCGGCCAGAGCCUCCACAUCAGCCAAGUCACUGCCUCACGCACGGACCCCAGGAUGGCCAGAAACCCCAGAGCCGAUUACGAGUGUUUCUUCCGGUUGGAGGCUGACACUUUAGCUCAGAGCUUCCAGUCUCCAGGCUUUCCAGAUCAGUACCCGGCCCAGUCCCGCUGCCAGUGGCAGAUCAGAGCCCCGGAACAGAACGCCAUCUCAGUCCGCUUCUCCCACUUUCACAUAGAGGACGACUGCUCCGAUGACUUUGUGUCCAUAUAUGACUCCCUCAGCCCGGAUGAGUCCCAGGCCAUCACUCACAAGUGUGGUCAGAGGCCUCCCAGCAAUCCCCUGGAGGUGGUGUCGUCCAGUAACAUCAUGCUCAUCAACCUCAUCACUGACAGCGCUGUCCAGAGGCCCGGCUUCAGUGCAGAGUACUCAAUCAUCCCCCUAACAACAUCCAAAAGUUGUGGAGGAGUCCUGAGUGAUGCUCAGGGGAACUUCAGCUCUCCCCAUUACCCCAGCUUCUAUCCCCCAGCCCUGGACUGCAAGUGGACCAUCGAGGUCCCUGCAGGGAAGCAGGUACGUGUGAAGUUCACCAUGUUCCGUAUGAAGGAGCCGAGAGUGGACGUCAGGGUGUGUCACAAAGACUACGUAGAGGUCAUGGGCACCAAGUACUGUGGGGAGCUGUCUUCUCUGGCCCUUACCAGUACCACCAGCUCUCUGGCUGUGAUGUUCCACUCUGAUGAGUCCUUCACAGACAAAGGCUUCCAGGCUCAGUACAACGCAUAUGAUCCUUCCAACCCUUGCCCCAACCAGUUUGCCUGUGGCUCUGGGUUCUGUAUCAAGAAGGAGCUGCAUUGUGAUGGCUGGAAUGACUGUGGGGACAUGAGUGAUGAAAUGAACUGCAAAUGUGAAAAGGACCAGUUUGCCUGUGACAAUGGGAUGUGCAAGCCCAAGUACUGGGUGUGCGACCGUGUCAACGACUGCGGUGACGAGAGUGAUGAGAAGCACUGCAGCUGUGCUAAGAAUGAGUGGAGGUGUGGUGACGGGACCUGUUUGCCUCAGGAUGUGGUGUGUGACACUAAGAUGGACUGUGUAGACGGGAGUGACGAGGCUUCCUGUACCGUCUCUCCUGGUAUCUGCUCUGACUUCAGCUUUAAGUGUAAGAACGAGGCGUGUGUGAACAAGGUGAACGCUGAGUGUGACCGGGUCAAAGACUGCACCGACGAAUCAGAUGAGGAGGGCUGCGACUGUGGCAUCCGGCCAUACAAGCUUAACCGUAUUGUGGGCGGGGAGAAUGCGCAGCUGGGGGAGUGGCCCUGGCAGGUGAGCCUGCACUUCCAGACCCGUGGGCAUGUGUGUGGCGCGUCAAUCAUCUCCAACCGCUGGCUCCUGUCUGCCGCCCACUGCUUCAAGACCAUCAGCCCUGAAAACCACGUGGCCUCCAACUGGCAGACGUACAGUGGCAUGCAGGACCAGUAUAAGCAGGAUACUGUUCAGAGAAGCUCGGUGAAGACCAUUAUCACCCACCCAGACUACAACCAGAUGACCUAUGACUACGACAUCGCCCUGCUGGAGCUGAGCCAGCCGCUGGAGUUCACCAACACCAUCCACCCCAUCUGCCUACCCGCACGCUCCCACCUCUUCCCUGCUGGCAUGUCCUGUUGGGUUACAGGCUGGGGCACUCUCCGCGAAGGAGGUGCCAUAGCACGGCUGCUGCAGAAGGCAGAGGUGAAGAUCAUUAACGACACGGUGUGUAACGUGGUCACCGAGGGUCAGGUCACAUCCAGGAUGCUCUGCUCCGGCUUCCUGUCUGGAGGGGUUGACGCCUGUCAGGGAGACUCUGGGGGUCCCCUGGUGUGCUUCGAGGAAAGUGGGAUGUGGUUCCAGGCAGGCAUCGUGAGCUGGGGUGAGGGCUGCGCUCGUCGGAACAAGCCCGGCGUCUACUCGCGUGUCACCAAGCUGAGAGACUGGAUCCGCAAGAACACGGGGGUUUGAUGAUGGAACAUGGGGGAGGGGGAGGGACAGCGGGUAGACAGUUUGGGGGUCUGACAGAACAAGACAAAAAAUAAGGAAUAUGGAACAUUGAGUCUGAUUGAGGACGAGUCCCCCCAUGAUGACCAGAGCUAUCCAUCCAUCUAGCCAGCCUCAACCAGCCUCCGACACCCACUGAGGGCCUGCAUGGGGCUAGCUACUGCUCAGAUGAAUGAUUUCAAAUGGGUUUUGGAUUAGAUUUUUCAAUGUUUUUAUGCUGUACUGAUGCAACCCUGGUUCUCAAAGCCUCCGAGAAGCAGCAAGACUCCUGCACCUCCAUCAAUCAUGUCAUGUUCCACUGGUUUGAUUAAUAUUCACCCAGUGUAAAUAAUGGAAGAUGUAUAUUUUGAAGAUGCACUUUGUUUUUAAGUGGUACAGUAUUUGCCAAAUCUCAGCCAUUGCUAUGAUGUGAGAUCACAUCUUCUGUUAGACAGACAGACAUACCAAAUGAACUGAGGGAAUUAGAAUUGGAACAGAAGUAGAAUAGAAUAGUUGGUUGUAUUUUUACAAUGUAUUUCUUUACCAGCUGUUUUCACCUGCCAAUUUUCACUUAAAGUGCCUUGACAAGAACAUGGAAUGUUUUAUAAGUCAGUGUGAUACCGGUGAUAUUAGUAAUUCCACAUUUUGUUACAGCCUGAAUUAAAAAGGGAUUAAAUAUAAACUAAAAUCACCCAUCUAUACACAAUACCCCAUGAUGACAACGUGAAAACCUAUUUUUAGAAAUGUUUGUACAGAAAUAUCUCAUUUACAUAUGUAUAUUCACCCCCCUGAGUAAAUUCAUGUUAUAAUCACCUUCGGUAGGGAUUACAACUGCGAGUCUUUCUUGGUAAGUCCCUAAUGAGGUUUCCACAUCUGUAUUGUACAAUAUUUGCACAUUAUUCUUUUCAAAAUUCUUCAAGCUCUUUCAAGUUGGUUGUUGAUCAUUACUGGACAGCCAUUUUCAAGUCUUGCCAUAGGUUUUCAAGUCUAUUUUAAUUUAAAACUGUCACUAAGCCUCUCAGGAAUAUUCAAUGUCAUCUUGGUAAGCAACUCCAGUGUAUAUUUGGUCUUGUGUUUUAGGUUAUUGUCCUGCUGAAAGGUGAAUUUGUCUCCCAGUGUCUGUUGGAAAGCAGACUGAAGCAGGUUAUCCUCUAGGAUUUUGACUAGCUCUCUUCCAUUUUGUGUCCCCCAAAAAAAACUCUUAAGCUCUAUCCAAAUGACAAGCAUACCCAUGAUGCUUGAAAAUAUGAAGUGUUACUCAGUGUUGUUGGAUUUGCCCCAAACAUAACUCUUUGUAUUCAGGAUAUACAUUACCAUUCAAAAGUUUUGGGUCACUUAGAAAUGUCCUUGUUUUUGAAAGAAAAGCACUUUUUUUUUGUCCAUUUAAAAUGGCAUCAAAUUGAUCAGAAACAGUGUGGACAUUGUUAAUGUUGUAAAUUACUAUUGAAGUUGGAAAGGCAGAUUUUUUUAUGGCCAGCAUCCCUGUUAACGUUUAGACUGGUGUUUUGCGUGUACUAUUAAAUUAAGCUGCCAGUUGAGGACUUGUGAGGUGUUUUUCUCAAACUAGAGAACUUGUCCUCUUGCUCAGUUGUGCACUAGGGCCUCCCACUCUUUCUAUUCUGGUUAGAUCCAGUUUGCGCAGUUCUGUGAAGGGAGUAGUACACAGCAUUGCACGAGAUCUUCAGUUUCUUGACAAUUUCUCGCAUGGAAUAGCCUUCAUUUUCCAGAACAAGAAUCGACUGGCGAAUUUCAGAAGAAAGUGAUUUGUUUCUGGCCAUUUUGAGCCUGUAAUCGAACCCACAAAUGUUUAUGCUCCAGAUACUCAACUAGUCUAAAGAAGGCCAGUUUAUUCUUUAAUGAGCACAACAGUUUUCAGCUGUGCUAACAUAAUUGCAAAGGGGCUUUAUAAUGAUCAAUUAGCUUUUAUAAAAUUAAACUUGUAUUAGCUAACACAACGUGCCAUUGGAACACAGGAGGGAUGGUUGCUGAUAAUGAGCCACUGUACUGUAUGCCUAUGUAGAUAUUCCAUAAAAAAUCAGCCGUUUCCAGCUACCAUAGUCAUUUACAACAUUAACAAUGUCUACACUGUAUUUCUGAUCAAUUUGAUGUUACUUUAAUGAGCAAAAAAAUGUGCUUUUCUUUCGCAGACAAGGACAUUUCCUAGUGACCCCAAACCUUUGAACGGUAGUGUGCAUUUAAUUUCUUUGACACAUUUUUUUUGCAGUUUUACUUUAGUGCCUUAUUGCAAAUGGGAUGCAUGUUUUCUAAUAUUUUGUAGUAUUUUUAUUCUGUACAGGCUUUCUUCUUUUCAGUCUGUCAUUUAGGUUAGUAUUGUGGAGUAACUACAAUGUUGGUGAGCCAUCCUCAGUUUUCUCCUGUCAUAGCCAUUAAACUCUAACCAUUUUAAAGUCA